AUGUGGAUAGACGCAGCUUCAGAGCGCGCAUCUGAUCGAACUGUUGCUUGUCGCUUGUUCUUUUCUGCCUGCAACAGGUCGUCCUGGACGGCUCGUCGAUGGCAGCGAGCGCAGCGCUGGAUCGCGGGCAUUGACGCCGACUCAACCCAGGUGAAGCUCGGCAUGUUGGCUAGCAUCGGCGAAGGGUUUCUCGGAAGGAUUGCCACCUCCUCCCUGGCCUCCCGAUUUUUGUCAUACUUGAGGUCAACGUCUGGGAUGGGUGUCACAGAGCUGGUUAUGUCAGAUGUUCUGGAGGUCCAUCGAGUCCCCUGUCUUGUUGACAACUAUGCAUGGCUACUGCACGAGCCAAAGGCCGGCCUCACUGCAAUUGUGGACCCUUCAGAGGUGCAGCCUGUGGUCGAGGCACUCCGUAAAACUGGCUACAAUUUGGACUACAUCAUAAACACACACCACCACUGGGACCACACGGGAGGCAACAUAGCCCUGAAGGACAAGUAUGGGUGCCGGGUCGUGGGCCCAGAUGCGGACAGAAGCCGCAUACCCCGCAUUGACAUUUCCUUGAAGGAUGGCGAGACCUGGAAGUUUGGGGAACUGGAUAUGGUCACCUUCGACACUCCAGGGCACACCAUGGGCCACAUGUCUGUCUAUUUUCCCGAGGCGGCAGCCGUCUUCACUGGUGACACGUUGUUCGCCAUGGGCUGUGGUCGGCUGUUUGAAGGAACUGCGCAACAGAUGUGGGCGUCGCUUUCCAGGCUUUCUUUGCUCCCACCCGAGACGAAGGUCUUCUGUGGCCACGAGUACACACAAGCCAAUGCGAGAUUUGCAAUUUCGGUCGACUCGGAAAACCCAAAGCUCAUUGAGCGGAAGAAAGUGGUGGAUGAGAUGCGCAGCAAGGGUCUGGCGACGGUGCCGUGCACGAUAGCAGAGGAGCGGGACACGAACCCCUUCCUCAGGGCUCCCGACGCAGCUGUGAGGGCGAAGACGGGUGUGCCGUCAGGGGCUCCGGAUGCAGAGGCGUUUGCAGCGGUGCGGCGUGCAAAAGACUCCUUCUAG